AUGUCAGAUCCCAAAAAGGUCGGGAAAGAGAAAAGAAAGAAAAAGGAAGGAUAUAGGGAUGAGAGAAAGAGAGAAGGUGGCAAGGCAUCGGUAGAAGAACUAUGUCCUGAUUUACCUGCAGAGUUAAUGUUGGAUAAUGGUCAAAUAAUCACAUUCUCAGCUUGUAAAGCUAAUAAUCUAUCCGGAAGAGCGAAAGAUGCUUUGAUGGAUUUAUGUUGGUCCAAUAUAACUCCUAUAGCAGAAGGCACUUCCAUGCGCUAUACCGAGGCUGACAAACGACAAGAACUUUUCGAACCUUCUACACGUUUUUUAAUCCUCACCAUCUCACAACUUCCCACAUUUCCAUUACCUCCUACACCUCCUUAUCCUUCUGAUCCUCAUUCAUCAACCAAUCCUCCCUCUUCCCGACCAGAUCCAACUUUUCAAAUGCCAGGAGCAUUACCACCGACAUCGGAAUAUCAAUUCCCUCCUCGUCCUUCCCCAAAACCUCCUAUCGAUCCUGCCACCUCGCAACAGGAUAUCAUUUCUGAUAAACCCUCCGAAACCAGUACUGUAUCUCCACCUCAGCCUCUUGAUGAGGUUGACCCCGCUUUCGUGACACCUGAAAUGAAACAACAAAGCACUUUCACUUCGAUGGAAACUCCAGAAAACGAAAGAGAUGAUUUUAUGAGUGAUACUUAUGAUCCUAUUGAAACUCCAAAUGGUACAAGUACAUUGAACGGUUAUAAAACUCUACAAACUCCUGAUACUAGACAUAAAGGAAGAACGAAAUUUAAAGUUGAGGUUGAGAUGGAUUUUGGUAAAGAAGAAUUGAUUGGGUUUUGUUCUUGGAGAUUUGAUACGGAAGAAACUUUGAGUGAAAUGGAUGCAGAAGUCGUUUAUUUGAAAAGAUACGAGUUACAUACUGCUCCUCAACAUAGAAGACAAGGAUUGGGGAGACUUCUGUUAAGUAGGUUGGAAGAAAUUGGAGGGGAGAGAGAGAUGGAUAAAGUUAUGUUGACCGUUUUAAAGAGGGGGUUGAUAGGACUUUGA